AUGGCCGUUUGUAAAAUCCAUGUUGACUACAGGAUCUUCUCCAAGAGCCCAGACCAGUGUGCAAAGAUCCUGGGCUCCGGGCACAUGGAUUUUGCAGAGAAUGAGAACGUGCAGCUGCAGGAUAGGAAUGAGAGGCUGUACGGGCUCGGAGACCUGCAGGAGAGGAUGGAGAAGCUGUCUGGCUCCAAACCAGAUGUGUCCACCAGAAUGGUCUACAGUGAAGAGGAAAAACUGAAGAUUUCCAAAGACCUCGUUGAUCUCCAGAUUGAGACAAACAAAAUGAAGGAGCAGUAUGAGAUGGAGAACUUCGAAUUGAAAAAUAUGAUCCUGGCCCUGGAGAAUCGUGUGCAGGAGCUGGAGCUCUGCAGUGAGAAAGUCACCGGGGAGCGGGAUGCCUUACGGGAACGCCUGCACGCUCUGGAGACCAGUCGGAAGGAACUGGCGGAUGAGUACAUCAUUUUGAAAAGCAAUUACCUGGCCCUAGGCAAAGAACUGGACCGGGAGGUCGUGAAGAACGAAGAGCUCGGCCUAGAGCUGCUCAGCCUGGCCAAUGCCAGGGGCACCCUUCCCCGCACAGAGAGCAACCGUGCCCCCGCCACGGCUGAUGAAUCCUCUGCUGAGCUGGAAAGAGAGCGAGCAAUGGGGCGCCGUCUCUCGGCUCAGAAGGUGAAGCCAGAAGAUGUAGUUGCCUCUGAACAUGAGCGGCAAAAGCCAGAGAGAAACUUGCUUGGAAACCAGGAUCACAUAAAAGUGGAGCUUGAAAAACUGAAGAAAACCUAUGAUUCGCAGCAGCAGAAUCUGGAAGAGAGAGUGAUUGCGAUGGGGAAGGAGCUGCAGGAGGCGAAGGGAGCGAUCGGGGACACCCAGCGCAAGCUGGCGGAGCAGUCAGCGGUGCUGCUCACCUCCCAGAGCCAACUCCAAGAGGUGGAGGCGGAGAACUCCCGGCUGCAGCUCCGGCUGAAGCAGCUGAACGAGGAAUAUCGCUCCCGGCUCACGCAGUACAUCAAGGACGUGGCGGAGUACAUGGACAGCAAAUCCAGCAAUGUGACGGGGCCUAGCAAAGCCCCAGCUGAUCAUGCUCACAUGAAACGCUUUGUGGACAACAUGCUGAAGGAUAUCAGAGCUUCCUACAAGACGCGGGAAGAGCAGCUAGCUGGAGCGGCACGCAGCUACAAGAAACGCAUGAAGAACUUGGUCAUGAAGCAUGAGAACCUGCUGAUCGCUUACGGGCUCCAGCGAGAGCAGAUCCGGUCCUUGGGCAGCAGCACUACAGAUUGUGGCCCUGCCGAGCUCCACUUUUCCAUCACAGACCCAGAGCUGCUGACAAACACAACCCGGGAGCUAAACCGGCUGCGGGAGGAGAAAGCGAAACUGGAGAUGCAGCUACGUGAAUUGCAGAAGGUGGUGGCUGGACUGCUGGCUUUCUACUGGGACAGAAUAGGAAGAACUUUCCCACAGCUGGGCUGCACAGGCAGCUCACCUAUGGCGCUCAGCGGCCAGAACGGGCGGCUGGAGGAGGAGGGCUGGGCAGAGGUCAGGAACCAGCUCCGGCAGUUCGCACGCACCACCCAGGAGGAUUUGGAGCAGGAGAGGAGCCAGCUGCUGGCUCGGGCGGUCGUGGCAGAAGAGCAGGUGUCGGAGCUGCAGGAAUACAUAGAUAAGCACCUUGCCAGGUACAAGCAGGAGAUCCUCCAGUUGAGGAAGGUCGCUGGCAGCGAGGUGCCACGCGCCCUCAGUGCUGGGGUGGCCGAUACUCACUCGCUGCCCAGAGCUAGAAGGACCAUCAGCCACCAACCGUAG